AUGACUUCAUCCAAGCCCGUCGUUCUCCACCUCGGCGAUCCGGUCAAGUACAACCUCGAUCUUUACGAACGCUUCGCCUCGCAAUUCACCAUCAUCCGGCCAUCAGAAGAGGAGCGACAACGCGAUGCCUUUAUGGCGGCGCUGAAGGAGAAGCGCUGGGGCGACUUUGACGCCAUCUUCCGGCCCUUCUGGAAUUCCGGAGGCGAGAUGGGUCGCUGGGACAGGGAGUUGGUGCCGCUGCUGCCGAAAUCCGUCAAGGUCUUUGCCAGAAUCCUCUACUGCAACGGCGCAACUGCCUCCUCCGAAGCCGUCGCCGACACGGCCAUCUUCCACAUCCUCGCCGUUUUCCGCAACUUCACCUGGUCGCAGCAGGCCGCGCGCUCGGGCGAUCCGGAGCAGUGGCUGGACGCGCAUCGAAACACGGCUCUGACGGCGUGGAAUCCGCGUGGCCGGGCCCUGGGCAUCAUCGGCCUGGGCAACAUCGGCUACACGAUCGCGCAGAAGGCCUACCGCGGUUUCGGCAUGAAGAUCUUCUACCACGACCUUGUGCGGAAGAGCGAGGAGCAGGAGAAAGCCGUCGAGGCGACGUUCUGCCCGUCCAAGGAGGACCUCGUCUCGCGCGUCGACUGCGUCGUUCUCGCGACGCCCUUCGGCGGCAAGGUGCUUGUCGACGCGGAGCUGUUGAAGCAUUUCCGGUCCGGGUCGCGCUUUGUCAACAUCGCCCGCGGCAAGCUGGUUGAUGAGGAGGCCCUGGUCGCAGCAUUGGAGUCGGGUCACCUCCUGGCGGCCGGUCUGGACGUCCAGGCCAACGAGCCCCAUGUCCAUCCCAAGAUGCCCCAGAUGCGCAACGUCGCGCUGACCUGCCACAACGCCGGCGGAGCCAUGGACACUCGUAUCGGAUUUGAGUGGCUGGCGAUGGAGAACGUCCUGCGGGUUUUGACGGGACAGGAGGCUCUGACGCCGGUCAACAAGCACCUGUUUCCGAAAUGA